CUAAACCUGUCAAAAUAUCGCUAAAAUCGCUAUUUUCUAAAGUCUCGUGGCUGACCUGGAACGAGAGUUGUUGGCGAGACUUCAGGCGAGACUUGUAGAAAGUGCGGAAGUCGCGGGAAGAUUUGACACAAGCGGCGUUUUGAGGACAUUUUCUGCGGUUUUGGGACUCAAUGGCUGUCACAUUACACACAGAUGUGGGCGACAUUAAGAUAGAACUGUUUUGCGAGCAGAGCCCGAAAUCAUGUGAGAAUUUCUUGGCUCUUGCUGCAAGUGACUACUACAAAGGUGUCGUCUUUCACAGAAACAUCAAAGGGUUCAUGGUCCAGACAGGAGACCCCACCGGGACAGGGAAGGGGGGAAGCAGCAUCUACGGAGGCAAGUUUGAAGAUGAGAUCAACGACACGUUAAAGCACAACGUCCGUGGGGUGGUUUCCAUGGCGAACAGCGGGCCCAACACCAACGCUUCUCAGUUCUUCAUUACGUACGCCAAACAGCCACAUCUCGACAUGAAAUACACCAUCUUCGGAAAAGUAAUUGACGGCCUGGACACCCUGGAUGAGUUGGAGAAACUGCCGGUGGAGGAGAGAACGUACAGACCACUGUCUGACGUCAGAGUAUCCGACAUCACCAUCCAUGCCAACCCCUUUGCUGACUAGUGGAACGGUCCAGUUUAUACCUACAAGCUUCAAGUUCAACUUCAGACGGCACCCUCUUUUUUUAGAUAUGUAUGGUCAGAAACUGUGAAUUCUGAUAAGGCCAGGCUGUCACCAACUGAAAAUGCUUACAAAUGAGGCAUUCAUUCUUAUCCUGUACAAGGAUUUGCAAAAAAAA